AUGCCGCAGGGGGCGGGCUCUCACGCCGUACGGGGCGGAGCCCUGGGGCUCGGGGCGGGACGCGGAACAGCGGUGGGAGGGGCAACGGAGCCAGUGCGAGUUGAGGGCGGAACCCAGUGUCCCAUAGGAGGAUUAGGAGGUGUGGGGGGCGGGGUUUGGGGUUUAGAGGAGGAGCUGGAGCAGGUGGAAGGUGGAGCCUUGGGCUCGGACACAGAGGGCGUGAGAUCCCAGGUGUUGGGGGUGGGACUUCAGCCCGUGAGUGGCGUGGCCCCUCUGCAGGAUACGAGGUCUAACAUUGCCGAGGGCGGAGCUGCAGGUCAGGGGGCGGAGCUGCACGCCGUAAAGGGUGGGGCCAAGGAGCCUUGUGGAGAGUUAAUCGUGAGCUAUGGCCCGUGGCGUCCACGCGGGGGCGGUCUCCGUGGUGGCCGUGCCUGGGGUCGCGGGAGACCGAGAACUCCCCCUGGGGAGGUUGUGUGGGUGGAGCGGGCUCGGCGCCCCGUUGACUCUGAGCCAGUCUGGGUUCCCCGAAGACCCCCAAGAGCUCAGAGUUGGGGAGGUGCCCCUGGUGGAGGAGGCACGGGGCCAGACUGGGGGGUGCCUCCGGAGGACCGGAGCUCCUCAGAGCCACCUAGUGGAGAUGUGUGGGUGCCUCGGGGCCGGCCACCUGCAGCAGCCGCAGAUGUGUGGGUGUGCUGGACAGGGAGCAGCUGGGUGUGGCGGGAGUGGGGUCGUCCUGUGGGGACAAAUCCGGUGCAAUCAGAUAGGGUUUGGACUUUGCGUAAAGGGGCUAGCGGGAACUGAAGAA